CCACGGCUCCGCCUCCAUUCGCCCCUCCCCCUCCCUCCUGCUCGCAUCGCCAUCCUUCGCUGUGGUCACACACACACACAUCCCACACCAUCACCACCACACACAAACACACACAUUGCACACCAUCAUCACUACCACACACACACACACAUCCCCUACCAUCAUCAACAUCAUCAUCACCACCAUCAUCGUCGUCGUCGCGAAAACGUCGCUUUGAUUGUACGAUGGCGAACAGAGAUGGCGGGAUGCGAACCGCGGUGCAGCAUGGCGGUGGUGGCAGCAACAGAGGCAGCGAUGGCGACUACGUGGAGGAGUUCACGGUGCCUGCCAGUAAGGAGGCCCUGGUUAACAACGCAGAGCAGAAUCUACAGCAGAUCUUCUUCGUGUGCAUGACCCUCGUGACCACGGUGGGGGACAACUUCUCCUGGGUCAAGCUCACGGGAAAAUCUCUGGAGAACGUGCAGCGUGCCAAGGAGUUCGUGGUGGGGCUGUGCGGCGAGGGCCUGCAGGUGGAGCAGCGCUUCCCGCCGGGCCUGCAGUGCGUGUACGAGGGCCUCGCCGGCCGGUUCCUGCGCGCCCUCGUGUGGGACAGCCGCGCCGACGUGAGCGUCACCGGCGAGGGCCGCCUGACCAUCCGGGGAGGCACCGAGGCCGUGCUUCUGGCACAGACUCGCGUGCAGCACUUCUGCGACUGCUGCCGUGAGACGGACGCGGCGGGGCGCGGCGCCGCCGCCACCACUGCGCCGGGGGAGGCCGACUCGCUCGCCAAGCGUCGCUUCAACCGCCUGGUGGAGGAAGACGGCGGCAAAUACGGCACCGAGUUGCUGCUGCUGCCCCUGAUCAUCAAGCGGGACCUCCUUGAGCUGCUCGACGCGGUGGGGGCCCACGCCAGUUUCUCGCGAGGACCGCCCGAUCGGACUCGUGGGCCCUUCGUGCUGUCGGCCCGAGGGGCGGAGGCGACGGAAGCGCCCGGCGGCAGCGGCGGCAAUAGAAUCCGUGUAAGGAUGCCGACCGAGGGACAGAGGACAUAUGGUAAGGGCAGGGAGGGCCUGUCGAGGGAGGAGAAUGACAGCCCCGUGACCGAGCUGAGUUCCAGCUUCACCAGCGCGCUUGGCAAGGCCGAGGCGGAGACACCCGAGGCGGAGGAGUCGGAGGAAUGUGCAGGCAAGCCCUUUGAGAGAGUCAAAAAUCCGUCGGUCAAACGGAAAACCUCGGACAGCGAGUCCACGGUUUCCGGCCAGAUGAAGAAGCACUCGCCCGCCAACGUGCCGUCGUCCCGCAGGCUCAGCGAGGAGGAGGGCUUCAGGUGCCGCGGCCGCGAGGAAGCGACCGCCGCUGCGCCGGCGACGCCGGAGCCGGAGAGGGAGCUCAAGUACCUCGUGAAUUUCUUCAGCACCAUGGGCUAUGAUCCGGAGUUGGUGCGGAGCAUCGUGUUGGAGAUGGGGCAGCAGACCGAGGCCUCGGAAAUCCUCGAUCGCCUCCAGGAGAAGGCCACCUUGGUCACGCCGACGGCGGACGAGCGGGCCGGCAGCGAGGAGGCCGGCUGGGAGGAUUCGCAAGAGGGCUCGUACGCGACGCAUUGGGUCGUGGAGGCGGCCAUGAGCCUGGGAUACACGCGCGACGAGGUGGGCGAUGUGUGCCGAGCUGUGGGCACCGACCCGCGCAGCGUCCUCAACGAGCUGCACCGCAUGGGCAAGCGAGCGGCACCCACGGCGGCGGAGCCGGGCGCCGAGAGCGCGCGCACGGAGCAGCGACGCGAGCGCCAGGGCGGUCCCACGGGGGCGUUGACGCGCGUCUUCUCCCGGGGCGUUUGCUCCCACGCCGACAGAGCCGCAGCUCAGGCGUUGAGGAAGAAGCCGGCCCCGGAGGUGAGCCUCUCGCGUUCCCACGGCGGAGAGGAAGCGGCGCGCGGCGGCCCCGUGAACGGCGCCGCGGGGCUCCCGCGGGGCGGCUCGUCGUCCUCGUCGUCAUUACAGCGCGCCCGUUUGCCCAGCGCCGAGGCGGACGAUCUGGAGACGGACGGAACGGGCGCGCCUCCACCGGCAGCGAGCGCACGCCCCGACAAAAUGAACUGCAUCGUCAUCUCGGACAACGCGAAGGACGUUCCGCACGUCUGCGGGCCUGCCGACGGCGCGGCAGGGAAGGAGGCGGCAAAGUGGCACGUGGAGCAGCCGGGCCCCCGCCAGGAGUGCGCCGUCUCGGGCAGCAGCAGCCGAGUAGCGGCCGCCACCACCACCACCGCCGCCGCCGACACUACCACCGGCUCCAGCAGCAACCUGCGGCCGACAGAGCUCUUCCUGCUGGGGCUGUCCAAGCCAUACAAGCUGUACCUGCCGAGCGAGCCCGGCAAGGAAUACGUGCGUCACGUCAUCGUGGACGGGAGCAACGUCGCCAUGGCGCACGGCCUAAACCGUUAUUUCUCGUGCCGGGGCAUGGCACUGUGCGUCGAGUACUUCUGGAAACGCGGACACCGCAACAUCACCGUCUUUGUGCCGCAGUACCGCACGCGCCGGGACCCAUCCAUCAAAGAACAGCACCUGCUGACGAAGCUUGAGGAGCUGGGGCUGCUGUCGUUCACACCGUGCCGCAUGUUCGAGGGCCGUCAGAUCGCCACGCACGACGACCGCUUCAUGCUGCACCUGGCAGACAACACGGACGGGAUCAUCGUGACCAACGACAACUUCCGGGAGUUUACAAAGGAAUCGAUGGCCUGGAGGGAGAUCGUUAAGAAGCGGAUCCUGCCGUACACUUUCGCGGGAGACGUCUUCAUGGUUCCGGACGACCCGCUGGGCCGGCACGGCCCCCGCCUCGACCAGUUCCUCACCAAGCCUCAGUCCACGCGAUUGAUGCACCACAACCCGGCCGCGUACCAGGCUAAAACCUUUCCGCUCCGCUUACCGUCGGCGGCAGCCGCCACCGUCGCAGACCUCCCGGGCUCUCACUCCAUGAACGACUGCGGACGGCGGUGGCCCAGCCCGCCGGCCGAGGCUCCGCGGCCGACAAACGACCUGCAGGAUCUACGCAGGCAGCUCCUGGACAUCUUCCCCGCCGACGAGGAGAAGGUGCAGCGGGUGCUGCAACAAUACCCGGCGGUGAAGGACCUCAACUUGCUCUCGGACCUCAUGCUGGACGUGUAGUGAGAGGGGGAUGGAGGGGGCUCGGUAACCCCCCCCCCGCCCGCCCGCCCUUCUACCCCCCCCCCCCACCCGUCGUCAUCUCGGCGCUCUGCCAAAACCUGUCGGCGUCUACAGCAGCACGGCACAGCUCGGGAGCUGGGCACGUGCGGGGGGUGGCGGUAGUGGCGGCGGCCGCGCUUACGGUGGUGGCGAUGGUGGUGGCAAGUACGAGGAGCAAGCGGAGAGCGAAGGCCGGCAGGAGAUUGAUUGAUGGGGUCCUGUUAUGAAUCUGUGAAGCCCGGCCUUUCACCGCCACUUCACCGUGGAUGCACAUUCGAAUUAAACUGCAGUGAUACCUGUGUUGUAAAUAUUUUGGUUAUGGGCGUUUAGUUAAUUAAAUUUAAGGUGUUAAUUUAAUUUGCACGAAGCGGCGGACAAAGAGGAGGCCUUCUCAUCCGGAAGUGGAUUUCUGAAAAUAUUAUUUAUUGCGUGAGUUUGCAGCCUUUCCGGAAAGUCGCCAACAUUGGCCGGCCUGCCCGAGCAGCCUGGCUUCGAGAGGCAUCGCCGUUUAGAAGUUGUACAUUCCUCCCCACCUCGAGUCAUCAGGGUCAAGAUGCGUUUGCUGCAAGCUGCUGCACCUUCGGUCAUCUUUGGCUGAACGAAAAAAGCAAGCCCGUUUAAAGUCACCGUUGCUUUCGCUAUGUCAUGUAGAUAUUUAACAACUGGGCGCAUUGCUUUGUAGAGGUACUAUUGAUGUUACUGUACUGCGUAGGAUUCGGUAAAAUUUACCGAGAACCUUAUGAGUUUAAACAAAAAAUGUAGGCGCUCUGAAUCCGGUCCAGCCCAGGAGAGAGACGGCGCUUGGAGGGCGGUUUGUCGAACACGUUACUUUUUCAAUCCUCUUGCACUUUGUUGGUGUUUUGUUGUCGAUGGAGACACCGUGAAGAAACUUUACACGUGAGAGCUUUUGCUCACGAUGUUAUAUGGAUUCAUAAUUUAUUUUUUUGGGUGUUUUUUUGGGGGGGGGGGGGGGGGGGGCGGGGGGGGGGGUAACAUUGUCAACAUGUGUCGACCCUACCCACCUCCGCCCGCGGUUGCGUUAUUGCUUCGGCACACGCCACCACCACACCGCAGAGCAAUGCGCGUGGCGUUUCGCAAUUUGCCCCGGACGUUUCGCCGCUAGUUGCUGCCAGCCUCGUCCGGCUGCUUGCCAGAAUUUUUUUGUGUGACUUAGUGUAAUGAAUACAUUUUUUUAAAAUCAAUUUCGUAAUCUGACCCCCCCCCCCCCAAAAAAAAAAAUACCAAUUAUGAAUCACUUGUGAUUAACACUACGAUUGUCGCUGGAUGUGUGGCGCGUAAAUCCACGCCAAGUGAUGGUACCAAUGACCCCGAGCAGGCGGUGCGGACUCAUCGCCCCGAGUGCUCGCGACCCAUCGCCCCGAGUGCUCGCGACCCAUCGCCCCGCGCGCUCACAAGCUCUCCGCACCUCCAGAGGCAAAGCAAGGACCGAGCCUGAGGACGGCUCCCGAGCGGCGGGGACCCACCGGUGCAUGUCGGGUCACCGAGGCAUGAGCCGGCGGGGGCCGUGGGCCGGAUAGAAAACAGCAAGUUCAGCGAUCGGCUCAGUCAAUGUCUAUAGAUUCAAUCUAAUAGGUUGCUGCGUUGGCCACAAAAGAAGGUGAAAAAAACCAUCCUUCGGUAUAAUUGACGAUUGAACGAAUGACGUACCGGGCAAGGCGGCGGAGUGAGGCACCGUGCGUCAACAACGUGUGGUCACGGGAAGAAGCGGUGUUGCAGCGGGUUGGCACGCUGCGCGACGUACCCGGCGCCCCGAGUUCGAUUGCCGCUCGUGGUCGCCGACACCAGUGACGUAUCUGAACCGGUCCUGGGCUUCCCCUAGGUCGACUGAGCCUCAAGAUGGGAACCUGGUGUGAUGAGUAAAGCAAUGCCACUGCGGAGACAAGUCUCUUGCGGCUAUACAGAGGGGGUCUUUCAGAGCGAGUGGUUUUUGCCGCUAUUCGCGCAGAUGACAAAACGACGCUGCGUCUCUUAAAAUAAGAGUUCAUUUAUUUUUCUACCGGUGUUUAAAACAACGCGUCGAUGCCUUGCCCCGGGAGGUUUUCGCCCUCUUAUUUGUUCAAAGUUCGUGUUUUCUAUACAUAAAAAAACAUUCACCACUG